AUAAAUUUUUAAAUGUAACGUGGUACAUACUGGCAAGUCAGUUCUCGCGAUUGCAUAACGAGAAACACAUGCGGAUAAUUAAGGAAGGACGACUUAGCUUAGGGAAAUGAAUUACAAAUCCCUGGCCGCGCACAAUUCCGCCUGUAACUGGAUAUUUUACAAGUUUCAGGACUGCGAGAAUGAGCAUCCUUAUCGAAGAUUCCUGGGAUACUGCGAGCAGAUUCAGAAGCAGAUGAAGGAAUGCAUAAAGGAACAAAGAGAAAUUCGUAGGACAGAAAGCGCAGAAUUUAGACACAAGAGGUUAGAGGCGAGAGGAAUCGUGCAACAAGAAAGUAGCAAUUAAUUAGCACAUGAUUGGUUUUGUUAUUAAUAAUUUAAUAAUUAAUGAUUAUUAAAAGUCAUUAGAUUAGAAUUUAUUUUUGUAAUCUUAUAUUGUCUGGGUACAUAUAUGUUACUUGACAACUACGGAUCACAUUUGUCAUUUUUGUUUAAAUACUUAAAUACUUGGAAUUUAAUAUGGAUUUGAUAACAGAUGUUCAUGAGCCGGAGAUCAAACGUAUAAAGUCUGAGAAUGAGUGUAACGAGAGGUCAUGUAAAAGGGAGCAAAAUAGCGACAUUCAAGAAAAUGUGACUGAUACUUCCGAUGCGAAGGAAAUCUUUCCUGUAAAGAGAGAGGAAGAUAAGGAAAUCUUUCCUAGAGAGGAAGAUAAGGAAAGAAUGGAAGGCGAUGAUAAAAACGCAGAAAUUGUUGACGAUGAUGACGAGUUUCAAUUUCCUCCUGAUGAUGAUGCUUCUGACAUGUUGAACGAGGUGGAAUACAAUGGCUAUCUUCCUACUGUUACCGAUCGCUAUUUUACUCCCUAUUACAAAAUAAACGUCCAAUCGCCUGGAGAUGAUAUAUGUAUACGAAUACACAGCAAUCGUAUUUGUAUGCUGUCCCUGGCACCUAGUCAUGUCAUUCUGCAAAAUGAUAAAGACAUAACAAAAGUCAACUUUAAGGUCAGCGAUAAAUUAGACAGGUCUCAGAAUAAAGUCUCAGGAAAGGGUAAACAUGGUGCGCAACCAUUGCAAACUAAUUCGAAUAUCUGUAGUAUAUCAUGUUCUGAUGGACAGACCUAUAUGAUUAAGUGCUGCAUGAUUGGAAAAUUAGUGGAAGUUAACGAGUUAUUGAUGGAAAAUCCAAGGCUUCUCAAAAAUCCACCACAUAAAGGUGGCUAUUUGGCUAUAAUUUUACAAAAUCUAAAGUUUCUAGACAAUUUGAAACAAUCUUUACUGACUCAUGAACAAUAUAUUGAACUAAUUAAAGAAAGAGAAAAAACAGUAGCAGAUACAUAAAGUACAAUAUGUGGAAAUAUUUAGUUUACAUUGGAUGAAAAAUUAUUUGGUCAAAACAAAUUUAAUACAGUAUUUUAUAAGAAAAAGACAAAUUCUAAAAAAAUUAGUAAUAAUAAAAA